ACGUAAAGGGCCAAGAGAUUGACUGCUCUAUUUAUGACACGUGGAGGGGAUUGUGGGACCUGGCGAGGCUGUACGGGUUCUUGGUACUUAGGUGAGUGUAGGAUAUUUUCACCCUUUGAUGGAUUUUGUAGUUUGUGCCUGUGCACACAGACGUACGAAACCACCCUUUACCAUUGUAUUUCAACUUUAUCGAAUACCAUUAGCGUGCCAGAAUCAUAAGAACAUGUGUAGCGAAACGCUUAACCUAACUCUUACCCUAUUUGAAUUUUUUUGAUGUCAUGUCAAUUAUAUAAUGUGGCUACUCAAACAAUGGUGUUUGAUAAAAGACAAAACGUUUGCUUGUUGUAGCUAGCUUUUUUGGUUUUGUCUCCAUGUAUUACAAUAAAAGUUUUUUUAAACGACUUGAUGAAAUAUAUAAUACUUGAGAGAUCACACCAGUAUUAGUAUAACAUAAACUAUAUAGAACGUCAUAAGUCUUUAUCCGCAUCUAUAUAUAAUCGUAGGACUAAGCUUUCUAGUUAUCUCAAUAGUGUUUUCUAACAUGUUCAUAAUCUCUCUAUCAGCGAUUGAUUUGAGAUAAUAUCUUUAUUGUUGUGGCAAUAAUUAGUUAUCACUUAUCACUACGACAGUAUUAUUAUCACUCAGUUCAUGUUCAUAUACCAUGUCUAGUGUACUUGACCACUUGGGAAAAAUGAUUUUGAUCGAUAUGUGAAUCGUGGAUAUGAUUAAUAUCACAAUCACACUUAAUUACAUUUUCUUUAUCUUUGGGGUUAUCUGUGAAAUCGUGAAGAUCUGAUUCACUAUGGUUACAACUUACAGUUGGCAAAUUUUCCUGUUUGAUAAGAUAAGAUAAGGUUUCUUUUGUCUAGUAUAUGAUGAAAAUAUGGUAUUUUAGUUUUGUCAUUUUGUUUCACAUUGUUAAAGGUAACGUUAUCUUAUAAAAUAGAUGGUUGUUUUACGAAACAUGGAAAAUGGAAACAACUUCACUCAACCUACUUGACUUAGUUAAUGAUACUAAAAUAACUAAUGAUAAGUGAUUAGUUUAUUACUUACGUAUUUUGUAGUUUUUCUUCCCAAAAAAGUAAUAGUAUCCUUAGGAGUAUAGUCAUUGUUUCAUUCCGUCACAUAGAGAUAAAAAAACAUGAAUGGAAGAUGAUACAGCAGUGAUGUUAGUCUUUGUUCACCAUGUCAAAACCAAAGGUGUCGAAACUGAAAGGUAGCUUGCGAAAUGGUGUGGUAAAGAUGAUGAUUUAGCUGGAAGUUGGAUACAGCUUCGAAAACCGACGAGUUCUUAAUUUCUUCAUUUUUGGUGCUGAUGCCAAACCUCAUUGAUCAAUCAAACUAUCCCACUUCUCACAAUCCAUCCUAAUCUCAAAUUAUCUUGUUGGUCACUAAAAUGCAUUGAAAUUGCAGUUUGUCUACUUUUGAGAAAGAAUUUUACAUUUGAUUGGAUGUAAAUAGUAAAUAUCAUGUUUCAGUAGCGAUGAUAUGUAACCGUGUUUGGCAGCAAAAUAAAACAAAAUCCUGAUAUUUUUGGUUAGAAGGUGACUUAAAUUAACAAGUGACUAUACCCUUGAAACCAGAGAGAGAACAAAACGUACUAUUUUAAGGACUAAGUGGCUUAGCGUCAAGCAAAUGUCACAGAGGACUCGUUCAAUGCAUAGUAUUAAGCAAAUCAAGCAACAAACAAAACAAAACCAAACUCAAAACACAGUUUCUAUUUUUAGUAAUCACAACUUCUACACUUCCACCCCAUCACACAUUUUCCACACACUCAACCAAAUAAAAGUUUUUUAAAACUAAAAACUAUAAACAAAAACAAUAAAAAUACCAGAUCUCUUGUUCUUUUUCGUGUAUGAGAAACCUCACGGCGGAGAUAAUCAGUCUCCAGCCACCAUAAUGUCGACAUAUCCUUCAUCUUUACCGCCACAUUCUCCAUCAGAAAACUACGUCACACCGCCUUUGACGGUCAUCCUCACCGUCAUACUCCUCGUUUUCUUCUUCAUAGGUUUUUUCACGCUUUAUUUCUGCAAGUGUUUUCUCGACGCCAUGAUGCAAGCUUGGCGUCUCCGCCAUGGAGGAGAAGCCGAAGCAACCGAAAAUCCCAUCCAGCCACCGGAAGCUCCCACGGUUAAUCCCGGCCUCGAACUUCGCAUCAUAAACUCGUUUCCUACUUUUCCUUAUUCCUCCGUUAAAGAUCUCCGGGAAGAGAAAUAUGGCCUCGAGUGCGCUAUAUGUCUACUAGAAUUCGACGGAGAUCAUGUCCUACGUCUCUUGACCACAUGCUACCACGUGUUUCACCAAGAAUGCAUUGAUCUUUGGUUCGAAUCUCACAAAACUUGUCCCGUUUGUCGCCAUGAUCUUGACCCUCCACCGCCAGAGAACACCACCAUUACGCUGCCUAACGUCGAUGAGAUGAUCAUUGAUGUGAUUCAAGAAAACAGCGACGAUGAUCAGCAUCAUCAGAUAACAACACAGAUUGAUACUUGGCCGUCUUCGGGACAAAACAGUUGCUUAAACAGUGAAAGAUCGAGAAAAGAACAAACUCUGCCUGAUAAAUUCUCGAGAUCACAUUCGACGGGACAUUCAAUAGUGAGAAACAAACCGGAGGAAGAAGAUAGGUAUACGUUGAGAUUACCGGAGCAUGUCAAGAUCAAGGUUACAAGAGGACAUGGCCAAACAGAGAGUUGUGUUACUUUCGGUGAAAUUAUUAGAAACAAAUGUGAUCAUCGCCGGUUUGGUGAAGUCUCCAACCAAACGGUUGUUACACAAUCAGAAAAUUGAAGAACUAAUAGAUACUAUACUCAAUACUUUUCUUUCUUGACAAAAGGUUCUUUUUAUUUUUCUUGUUGUUGUAUUGAAUUAUAUACAUCUUUUAGGUAGAAAUUUUAACUUGAGAUGCUAAUUAGUGUUGUUAGUGAUUUUAUAUAUUUUCUUUUCCAGAGUUUUAUUAAUAAAAGCGGACAGUUUAUUUUGUGGAAUGUUAAACCAAAUUGUGAGUGACUGGCCUUAGAAAAUAAAGCCAAUUUGUGUGUCUAUCAUAGUGUAAAUUUACGUUUCUAAAUCAAAUUUCAAAUUUAUAUACAGAACUAACUCCAGUUUUGAAAUGGUAGACCUACCUGUUCCCACAAAGUUAUACCAUGGUCGAGGUAAAACUUUGUAUAACUUGGUUUCCAGUUAUACUAGGUAAAGCCACGAGGUUUGUUUGUGCUUCGAAGCUGCUUUUGUCGUGCUAUAAUAAAGGGAUUAAGAUUCCGUCAUCGGUGAGACGAGCGGUUUUUUCGGGUUUACGGAUGUCAGGGUGUUUUGGUGAGGCGAGGAUGGCUAAAGCUUUGAAGUGAAGGUGAAUGCUUCAGGAACAAGUCCUUCUGCAAGGAUCUGUUACAAGAAAGCUAAGGUGAUGAUCAAGGAAACAAUGAUGAAGUUACGUACUCACUCAAGUUUGGAACUGUCGGAGAGGCAGGGUGUAUUAUCAUGGGAUAUUAAGUCCAGGUGGAGCUGAUGAUGUGAUAAAAAAAAAUUGUUAGCGUGUAUAUAUAGUUGUCUAAGGGAAGAAACAUUGGCAUUUGCUAAGGGAGAGUAACAGAAGACAAGUAAGUGUAAGAGUGUUUAGAAGGUAGAAUAGCAACGUUCUUUCCCCAGUUCUAAGAUACAUGUUAUCGAUCCUGACUUUUCAAGCAUGGUUUCUAGGUUGGGUAAGAGGUUAUCAGAACUAAUUUGGAUUCUGUUGGUCAGUCAAGUGGAACAGAUCAGGUCAGCUGGCAGGCUGAACUUGCUCAAGUGUCCCUUGAUGGGGUAACCAUCUGAACUGAGUUAUUUUUUUUGUUUAUUUAUUAUUUUAUUUUUUUUGAAUGAAUGUUAAAUUUAUUCUAAACAAAAAAAACUGUUUUACAAAAAAUGCAGCUCUAUGUAAAAAAAAUUAAUUUGCUAUAAAGCUAAAAGCUAAACUUAUUUUCUCUGUGUUUCCUUCUUCAAUGGUUUGCAAACCAUUUCUGCAGAAGACCGUCAAAUCUCCCAUUCCUGCUACCCCGAAGCGAAUCAAUGCGGUUUCGAAUCAACUUGUCAACGAACCUAGUGAGAAGCACUUGAUCCCGUGCAGGCUCCCCAUGUUUUCUACAAUUUCUCUCUCUCCAUAGAGUAUGUACCGUUGCUUGGAAAGCAUAUCGAAUUAGAAACAAAGAAGAGCUGCUCCACGUCGUGUCAACCAAGCUGGACAGAAUGUUGUUCCAAUCUGUGGUAUAUCGCGACCCCAUUAGCUUGCAUACUACUCAGUGAUGCGACUACUCCAACACUGAGGCACACCUAUAUAACAUAUUAAUUAUAAGGAGCCAUUGCUCCUUGUCGGUGAGCAUCUCUAUACAUCAGGUCUUUGGGAAACUGCUUCAGCACUGUUGAAAGAAGCUCAAGUUGAGUCGUCUACCUUCCUUGGCUCCCCCUUCUUCUAUUGCAUAUUCCGCUACACAGGAGAUGUCUAGGCCGGUGACUCAGAAACAAUGGUCAUCUGGCCGUGCUAGCGGUGGAUUUUUCACCAGCAGCAACCCCCGAAAGUAUAUGCACAACUAUGCAUAGUUGUCAUCAGAAAGUGGUCGAGUGAGUUUAACAGUUACAAGAAUGGUUAUUUAUAUUUCACAAUUAAUUGUAUUUUUAACGGAAACAAUAAGAAUGAUUCAGAAUUAAUCAUUGUCGUAACAUACUGUAAGAAUCAUAUAACAUGAAAAAAAAAGAUUAGUAAUGUGCGUUGAAUCAUUCAUGUUAACUAAGGACUAUGGUAUUCUACUUAACAGUGACCUAUCUACUUGCUAAAUGGUAGUGGUAAUUCCUAGGAAUAUCAGUAUAAAAAGAUGAAACCGAUGAAUCUGCUGGAAGUAUUCUUACCCACGUUCUCUUUCAAUUGGCUCAAAUGAGUUUCUCUUGAAUCAUGAAAAAAAAAUUGAUAGAAAAAAGCAAAUUGAUAUCAUGGUUUUCUUCAAUAUUUUAUUUAAGAAAAAAACAUACCGUAAAAGCGAAGUUUGUUUCUAAAAAGCAAAUUGAUAUUAUAGAACUUCUAAUCAAUUGUUUUGGAGUUCGAACGAUGGUCCAAAUUGUUCAAAGUAUAUAAUCAAAGGACUUAUUUGCUAAAUAACAAAAAAAAAUGGAAAAUUAGAUUUUGGUAAAGAGAAUAGAAAGAGAUAGAAAGAGAAAGAGAAAGAGAAAAUAAGAGAAAUUUUUUUUUAGUUAGUUAGCGUAUUUAUGCUUUUUGUUGUUGAAUAUAGGGUGUAAUUUCUCUAUAAUCAAACUCGAAUCAAACAGUUAUCAAUAUAGAUGGUGUUAAAAUUUACGGGAUCUCACACACAAAUUUAUUUGAACUCACAAAAAUAAAUAAAAGAAUUAUGAUACAUUUAUUUAUGAUAACAAUUAUAUAAACAAAUAACAAAUUUACACAUAAUUUUUAAUAUCUAUAUUCUAUAAUAAUAUAAUUAAUUAUUUGUAUAAAUGUAUUAGUUUAGUGUGUUUUGUACUUUAUUAGUUUAGUUUGUUUUGUUACUUUGUUUAUAAAUUAAAUAUGUUAAAAAUUAUUUACUUAUUACUUUAAAAUUUUAAAUUUUUUAAAAUUAUGGGUCCCCAAAAAUAGAGACCACAUCCCAAUGUUUCAUUGGAAUGCCCUCAAAAGGGUAACUGGGUAUGAGAAAGCAGCCUUUGUUUUGCACCAUCGAAGUCACUAAGGGCAUCUCCAACCCUACUCCAUUUUUUACUCCAAAUUCAAUUAUGGAGUAAAAUCUUCUCCAACCCCACUCCAUAUUCAACUCUAAAAUGGAGUAAUAGUUAGGGUUACUCUAUUUAUGGAGUAAUCUUACCCAUUACUCCAUUUUGGAGUUGAACUUUUUAUAUUUAUGAAAUGGUCUUUUUAAUUUUUAAUGUUUUUAUUUCAUACUUAAAAUAAUAUAAUAACAAAAAAAUAUAAUAUUCCGCAAAAGAUUACUUUAUAGUUUACAGAAAAUAUGCAUAAACUCAUAAAAGCCAAAACUAAGAAUAAAUAAUAUAAAAUAAAUAUAAUAAACUAUAAAUAAGUAAUUUAAUAAUUAAUUCGGUAAAUUAUUUUCAAAACUACCAAAAUCGGUGAAGUAUUAUUUAAACGGAAUAGAUGAGUUAUUUAAUCUUGUGGGUCAAAAUUUUGAUUGAUAACAUUUGUACUUGUUGAACUUGAUAUAUGCAUAAACAAACAAUAGGACCCAAUACAUAAUUCAAAUUACAAAACAAAACUUUGUUUUUUCUUUAUGUUUUUUUAAUGCAUAAAAAUAUUUUUGAAUUAGAAAAAUUGCAUAUGAUAAAAUCUGCACGAAUUGAAAUUGCAACAUAAUCUCUCGUUGUAUUUUUAGUGAUAAAUAUUUUUUUUGGUCAUAAAUAUUUAAUUUAAAUAAAAUAUAUUAUUAUGGAAAUUUUGUAAACAUAAAAUAGUUGGGUUAAUUGUUAAUUUUUUAUAAGUUGAAGGUACUAAUAAUAAUUAUUAACUAAAUGAAAACAUAAUUCUUUUGUUUGGAGUAAAAAAUAGAGUAAUACGUUGGAGUAAAAUCCAACUCUAUUUUGGAGUUAGACCAUUUUGGAGUAAAAUUUGGAGUAAUACAUUGGAAAUGCUCUAAGCUGGAUUAACUCAUACAAGCCUUGGCAAGUAGUCUCCUAUCAUAAAACUCUCAACCAAUACCUCAGGUACUGUUAAAAAAGGAUUUAUUCUCACAACCUAAUAUUCAUACACUCAUGUAGAACUUUUAACAUUUUAAAUCUCUCUUUCGUACGGGACAAAAAGGAUUAGAAAUAUAAUGAACUAUUUAACUUGUGAUAAUUGAGAAAACCGAACAUAAAUUAAACAUCAUUCACGAACUCUGCGAAUCAU